CCCGCGCCAUGGUGUGUCCCGCGCUGGCCCCGCCCCGCGGCGCCGCCAUUGCGGUUGUUUGUGCCGGGCGCGGGGCACCAUGUCCACCCCGGCGCGGCGCAGGCUGAUGCGCGACUUCAAGAGAUUGCAAGAAGACCCUCCUGUGGGUGUCAGUGGUGCGCCAUCUGAGAAUAACAUCAUGCAAUGGAAUGCUGUUAUAUUUGGGCCAGAAGGGACGCCUUUUGAAGAUGGUACUUUUAAACUAGUAAUAGAAUUUUCCGAAGAAUAUCCAAAUAAGCCUCCAACUGUUAGGUUUUUAUCAAAAAUGUUCCAUCCAAAUGUUUAUGCGGAUGGUAGCAUAUGUUUAGAUAUUCUUCAGAAUCGCUGGAGUCCCACGUAUGACGUUUCAUCUAUUUUAACUUCAAUUCAGUCUCUGCUUGAUGAACCUAAUCCAAACAGUCCAGCAAACAGUCAGGCAGCACAGCUCUACCAGGAGAACAAGCGUGAAUAUGAGAAAAGAGUUUCAGCUAUUGUCGAACAAAGUUGGAAUGAUUCGUAACAGCUGCUUUGUUAUCUCCAUCCUCACAAUCAUUAUGUACAAUCUAACUGUCAGUAGAAAGGCUACCAGAAAUUUCAAGUGCCACAGUUCUAAGAAUUUGCAUAAAAACUCAUUUGCAAACAAAAUUAAGCCCUCCAGUCUAGGAAACUUAAAAGCUUGUGUAUCUUGAUUAAUGUCCUUUUUAUUGCAUGGUAUGAACUAAGUUAUUGCUACAUAAAUUUGUAAGAUAUCCUGUUUGUAUUUUUUUUCCAAGUGUAUAAUGUUGGUGUGGAGUUUUCAUGACAGAAUAUACACAUUUUGUAAAUCUGUACUUUUUUCAAAUAUUGAAUGCCUUAUUUUUGAAUUCUUUAGAUUUUUAAAUUGGAGAAAAGCACUUAAAGUUUUUAUAUAUAAAUAUUUCAUGUAAAACUGUUAAAUACAUAACCUUAGUGCAAGA